AUGCCUAGAUCUUCUCGUACAGGUGAACUGCAAUAUAAUCCUGAGAUAGAGAAGACUGCUCGUGCAUUGAGAAAAGCAACAAGAGAACGAGCAGAGGCAUCCUCCUCAUCUACUGGACAUAAUUCAGUAGUAGAUUUUGUGGAUUCAUUUAGUGAGACGGAAGAGAUAGAUAGCACCAUGGCUAAUGAACGGACAUUGAGAGAAUUGGCUGCACCAGAUUUAAAUCAACAGCCUCUAUGCAUUACUUAUCCUACAUUAGAGGUUGCAUUUGAGUUAAAAUCUGGACUAAUCCAUUUACUUCCUUCUUUUCAUGGCUUACCAGGUGAAGAUCCCCACAAGCAUCUCAAAGAAUUCCAUGUGUAUUUUUAUGAGGGUCUGUCCCAAACUGACAGAAGAAUUAUUGAUGCUGUCAGUGGGGGCUCCUUAGUGAAUAAAACACCCACGGAGCCAAGAAGUUUGAUAUCGAGUAUGGCUGCAAAUGCUCAACAAUUUGGAGACAGGCAGGAUAACACAACUCGUAGAGUCAAUGAGGUAAGUAAUUCUUCAAUAGAGCAAAGAUUAGAUUGUCUAACUUCUUUGGUUGAAAAGUUAGCUAUAGGACAAAUGCAGCAAUUGAAAACAUGUGGAAUCUGCUAUGGUUCGAGUCAUCCAACAGAUAUGUGCCCCACACUCCAAGAUGAUUCGACUGAGCAGGCUAAUGCAGUUGGAUUUCCAGGACCACCUCAGAGGCGGUAUGAUCCCUAUGCAAACACCUAUAAUCCAGGAUGGAGGGAUCAUCCUAAUUUUAGUUAUGCAGCAAGGCCACCAGGAUUUCCACAACAGCCACAAUAUCAACCUAGACCUCAACUUUCACAGCAACAAUCUGCUCCUAAAUCAGCUUCCACAAUCAAUAGAUUGGAGUCUCAAUUAUCUGGAAAGCUACCCUCGCAGACAAUUGUCAACCCCAAGCAAAAUGCCAGUGCCAUCACAUUAAGAAGUGGCAAAGAGUUGCCUGAGCCGAGCAAGAGAAUUUCUGAACAAGCAAUCGAGGAAGAGCUCGAAAAAGAGGGGAAUGUGUCUCAACCUAGAGCCUUGGAGCAACCAGAUUUUGGAGAAAAAUCAACACAAGUGGUUACACCUCCGCCUCCUUUUCCCAGUCGAUUUGCAAAAUCUAAGAAGAGGAAGCAAGAGCAAGAAGUUUUUGACAUUUUUCGCAAAGUUGAGGUAAAUAUUCCCCUUCUCGAUGCCAUUAAGCAAAUUCCUCAAUAUGCAAAAUUUCUUAGAGAAUUAUGCACCACUAAGAAAAAGUUAAAAGACUAUGAAAAGAUUUAUAUGGGAGAAAGUGUUUCAGCGGUCCUACAACAGAAAUUGCCUCCUAAGCAUAAGGAUCCAGGUAUGUUUACUGUUCCUUGCAAAAUAGGGAAUGUUAAGGUCGAAAAAGCGUUGAUAGAUUUAGGAGCUGCAGUAAAUAUCAUGCCUCGUUCCAUUUAUAAUUUUCUGAAUCUUGGACCCUUAAAAGAAACGAGUGUCAUUAUGCAACUUGCCGAUAGGUCUAAUGCAUAUCCUGAUGGGGUGUUAGAGGAUAUUCUAGUUCAAGUUGAUAAAUUGGUUUUUCCUGCAGAUUUCUAUGUGUUAGAAAUGGAUGAUGAUUUCUCUGUUUCACCUCUAAUUUUGUUAGGCAGGCCAUUUUUAAUGACAUCUAAAACAAAAAUUGAUGUUUAUUCAGGGACCUUGACAAUGGAAUUUGAUGGUGAAAUAAUAAAAUUCAAUAUUUGUGAUGCCAUGAAAUAUUCUAGUGAGGCACAUUCUGUUUUUGUUAUAGAUGAAAUUGACCCUUUCAUGCAGCAGAAGUUUGAAUUAAAUGGUAGAGAUGCUUUGAAGGAUGUAAUCAAUCGCAAUUUGGAUUCGCAAGAAAUGUCAAGAGUUGCAAAAAAGUUUGAGUUACACCCUGACUGA